AUGGCCUUCAACCUCACCAACGAAGAGCUCCAGAGACUCCAACAUCUCCAAAGACUCCACCUUGCCCAGCAGCUCCAGCAAGCGGCAGCGUCUCACCAAUCCCAAACCAAUAACCACGCCGCCCAACACGCCGCCCGAGAUACCCAGGGACGGCGCCGACGCAGACAGGCGGCCGGCGACACCGCCACCGAACGAAUGAUCAGCGAGGUCGGCCUCCUCAACCGCCGAAACCGCCACGCCUUCAAGGCCUGGUACCGCCGCCACAAACAGGCCCUGCGGGGCGAGCUGGCGCAGAGCUGGGCCAGGAUGUCGGCGGACGCGGGGCGCUACGGCGUGUCCCGCCCGGAGUGGUUCAUCAUGGUGUCGAGCGGCGACGAGCUGAGAGACUUCCUCCAGGGCCUCGCCGGCGGGCAGAAGCUGGCCCUGUUCGACCUGGCGAUGGUGCGUCAGGCGGAGAAGGGCGAUAUCACCCACGACAAGGUCGCCGUCUUCAACACUGUCAAUGGAAGGCCGGGAGACCUGCCCCUGGGCACGGCCUAA